AUGUCUCCAAUCACCUUUACCCUUUUAAUCAUCUAUGCCCUAAGUGCCGGUGUCCUCAUCGCAUCAUCUCCAACACCAGGACCCUCAAUACGGGCAGGCGUCAACAUCACCGUCUUCAGCGAUACCGCCUGCGUCCACAGCCCGCAGAACCAUAGCUUCUCUUAUGGUUUCAUGUGGCCUACACCCUUCACCACGCAAUCGUACACGCUCAGCCGAGCACUCUCGUCCGAGGAGCGACUCGACUGGAGCAAUCCCUAUCCCGCCGGCGGCCGUGCGCCGAACCCGGGGGAGAUCCCACAGGCGUGCGGAACGUACCUGCAGACCACGAAUCCGGACUCCGCGAACCCUCACAGCGGUAGUACGCUGCACGCGGGAACUUGUUACUUGAUGGUUGGCGGAGCGGCGUGCGUGAACUUAUGGAAUACACAGUGGCCUCCCAGUUAUAAUGUUACUACUGGGGAAGCCAUAGUAUAUCAGGCAUCAACUUGA